AUGGCCUCGGCUGCCUCUGUGACCAGCCUGGCAGAUGAGGUCAACUGCCCCAUCUGCCAAGGGACCCUCAGGGAGCCAGUCACCAUUGACUGUGGCCACAACUUCUGCCGCAUCUGCCUCACCCACUACCUUGAGAUCCCCAGCCCGGACCCCGAGGAGCCCCCAACCUGCCCACUCUGCAAGGAACCUUUCCGCCCAGGGAGCUUCCGGCCCAAUUGGCAGCUGGCCAGCGUGGUGGAGAACAUUGAGCGUCUCAAGCUGGUGUCCUGGCUGGACAUAGAAGAGGAGGACAUCUGCCCCGAGCACGGGGAGAAAGUCUACUUCUUCUGCGAGGAUGAUGAGACGCAGCUGUGCGUGGUGUGCCGGGAGGCCUGGGAGCACCGUGCCCACACUGUGCGCUUCCUGGAGGACGCGGCUGGGCCCUACAGGGAACAAAUACAGAAGUGUCUUGAGUGUCUAAGAAAGGAGAGAGAGGAGAUUCAAGGAAUUCAGUCAAGAGAAAAUCGAAGGAUACAAGUCCUCCUGACUCAGGUGGCCACCAAGAAACAAAAAGUGAUUUCUGAGUUUGCACAUCUGAGCCAGUUCCUGGAGGAACAGCAGAGCAUCCUCUUAGCCCAGUUGGAGAGGCUGGAUGGGGACAUCUUAAAGCAUCGGGAUGAGUUUGAUGUCCUGGUCACUGGGGAAAUCUCCCGGUUUAGCACCCUCAUCGAAGAACUGGAGGAGAAGAAGGAGAGGCCGGCAAGGGAGCUCCUGAUGGAUAUCAGAAGCACUCUAAUAAGAUGUGAAACCAGAAGGUGUCGGAAACCAGAGGCUGUAUCCCCUGAGCUGGGCCAGAGGAUUCGGGACUUCCCCCAGCAGGCCCUCCCGCUGCGGAAGGAGAUGAAGAUGUUUCUGGAAAAACUCUGCUUUGAGUUGGAUUAUGAGCCAGCUCACAUCUCUCUAGACCCCUGGACUUCCCACCCGAAGCUCCUCUUGUCUGAGGACCACCAGCAGGCUCGCUUCUCCUAUAAAUGGCAGAAGUCACCAGACAGCCCCCAGCGUUUCGACCGGGCCACCUGUGUCCUGGCCCAUGGUGGCUUCACUGGGGGGAGACACACGUGGGUGGUGAGUGUGGACUUGGCUCCCGGGGGCAGCUGCACCCUGGGAGUGGUCAAUAAGGACAUCCGGCGGAAGGGGGAGCUUCGGCUGCGGCCAGAGGAGGGGGUGUGGGCGGUGAGGCUAGCUUGGGGCUUCGUCUCGGCCCUGGGCUCCUUCCCCACCCGCCUGGCCCUGGAGGAGCAGCCCCAGCAGGUGCGGGUGUCUGUCGACUACGAGGUGGGCUGGGUGACCUUUGCCAAUGCCGUCACUCAGGAACCCAUCUACACCUUCACUGCCUCCUUCACCCAGAAGAUCUUUCCCUUCUUUGGGCUCUGGGGACGAGGGUCCAAGUUCUCCCUGAGCUCCCAAGAGGGUGCAGCUACCCUCCCCUAA